AAGUCACUACUCCAGCGGGCCUGGCGGACGCAAUUGCCUACCCCGGGUGGAGACUGUUGUUGCACCUAGUCCUCCUGCCUGCCACGCUCAGCAGCUCCGCAGUCCUACACCAUGGCGGACAGCCGGGACCCAGCCAGUGACCAGAUGAAGCAGUGGAAGGAGCAGCGGGCCCUGCAGAAACCCGAUGUGCUGACCACUGGAGGUGGGAACCCAAUAGGAGAUAAACUUAAUGUCAUGACCGCGGGGUCCCGGGGGCCCCUCCUCGUUCAGGAUGUGGUUUUCACUGAUGAGAUGGCACAUUUUGACAGAGAGCGAAUUCCUGAGAGAGUGGUACAUGCAAAAGGAGCAGGUGCCUUUGGAUACUUUGAGGUCACUCACGACAUCACCAGAUAUUGUAAGGCAAAGGUGUUUGAGCAUAUUGGGAAGAGGACCCCCAUUGCGGUGCGGUUCUCCACAGUCGCUGGAGAGUCGGGUUCGGCUGACACAGUUCGUGACCCCCGUGGGUUCGCAGUGAAAUUCUACACUGAAGAUGGUAACUGGGAUCUUGUGGGAAACAACACCCCUAUUUUCUUCAUCAGGGACGCCAUUUUGUUUCCAUCCUUUAUCCAUAGCCAGAAGAGAAAUCCACAAACUCACCUGAAGGACCCCGACAUGGUCUGGGACUUCUGGAGCCUGCGCCCAGAGUCUCUUCAUCAGGUUUCUUUCUUGUUCAGUGAUCGAGGGAUUCCAGAUGGGCACCGGCACAUGAACGGCUAUGGAUCACACACGUUCAAGCUGGUUAAUGCAAAUGGAGAGGCCGUCUACUGCAAGUUCCAUUACAAGACUGACCAGGGCAUCAAAAACUUGCCUGUUGGAGUGGCGGGCAGACUUGCCCAGGAAGAUCCCGAUUAUGGCCUUCGAGAUCUUUUUAAUGCCAUUGCCAAUGGCAACUACCCGACCUGGACUUUUUACAUCCAGGUCAUGACCUUUAAGGAGGCAGAAACUUUCCCAUUUAAUCCAUUUGAUCUUACCAAGGUUUGGCCUCACAAGGACUACCCUCUUAUACCAGUUGGCAAACUUGUCUUAAACAGAAAUCCAGUUAACUACUUUGCUGAAGUUGAACAGAUGGCUUUUGACCCAAGCAACAUGCCCCCUGGCAUUGAGCCCAGCCCUGACAAAAUGCUCCAGGGGCGCCUUUUUGCUUAUCCGGACACUCACCGCCACCGCCUGGGACCCAACUAUCUGCAGAUACCGGUGAACUGUCCCUACCGUGCUCGAGUGGCCAACUACCAGCGUGAUGGCCCCAUGUGCAUGCACGACAAUCAGGGUGGCGCUCCCAACUACUACCCCAACAGCUUCAGUGCACCGGAGCAGCAGCGCUCAGCCCUGGAGCACGCUGCCCAGUGCUCCGUAGAUGUGAAGCGCUUCAACAGCGCUAACGAAGACAACGUCACUCAGGUACGGACAUUCUAUACGAAGGUGUUGAACGAGGAGGAGAGGAAACGCCUGUGUGAGAACAUUGCAGGCCAUCUGAAAGAUGCUCAGCUCUUCAUUCAAAAGAAAGCGGUCAAGAAUUUCUCCGACGUCCAUCCUGACUACGGGGCUCGCAUCCAGGCUCUUUUGGACAAAUACAACGCCGAGAAGCCUAAGAACGCCAUCCACACCUACAUGCAGGCGGGCUCGCACUUGGCUGCAAAGGAGAAAGCUAACCUGUGAGGCGCAGGCGCAGGUGCUCGCCCUGGCCUCCGCGGAGGAGGUCUCUCAUGAAGCCAAGCAGA